CCUCCCCGUCUCCAGGCAUAUAAAGUGGGGAGCGCUCCCGCGGCCGGCCAAUGCGCCCGGAGAGCAGCGCUCGCCCUCCCCGCUGCAGACGGACGUCGAGGCGGCGAUGAGGCUCCCGCUGGCUUUCGCCGUGCUCCUCCUGGCCUCGUCACAGGCCUUGGGCGAGGAGAUGGGAGCCACCGACGACCUCAGCUACUGGUCCGACUGGUCCGACAGUGACCAGGCGAAGGAGGAGCUGCCGCUGCCCCUGGAGCACUUCCUGCAGAGGAUGGCCCGGAGACCCCGGCCCCAGCAGUUCUUCGGCCUCAUGGGCAAGCGGGAUGCCGGAUAUGGCCAGAUCUCUCACAAAAGGCAUAAAACAGAUUCCUUUGUUGGACUUAUGGGCAAAAGAUCUUUAAAUUCUGGGAGGCUGGAGGGGGAAAUGGUAAGAAGUCUUUUCUGCUCCACCAGAGGAGAAGAUGGGUCCUAAGGACUGUGUAAUCAAAGCAAGAUCAGGAAUAGGUCCUCUGAAGGGAGCAUAGCACAGAAUUACGAACGAAGGCGUAAAUGAGACGUUCCCGUGUGUUAUUUAUUAAACUUCAUUUGUUCUAAUGGCCAAUGCAGUGUAAUAUAAACUAACCACUGUAUGAAAUAAUUAUUUAUUUAAUAACUGAAGGGGUUUGGUUUUUUUCGAGUUGUACAUUCAAUAAAAGUAUUAUUUUUCAUAUUGUGGCAGUGACACGUGUUGUGUAGGUGUGUUGUGGUUCUGAAAGGACCAGCAACCCUGGUGAUGUCUCACAACAAAGCACAUGUUUGAUAUGACCUGUAGAGUUAUGUUUACUAAACAAGCAAGUAUUCUUUUGUUCACUGAAAGCAAGUCUAUCAGCUUCACAGCUAGUGCAGAACAGAACUGAUGUUCAGUCUAGUGCCUCAAUUUGUUUUCAUGGUUUAUUAUGUACUGUAAUUUCUGUAUCAAAAAAUAUAUUUGUAUCAUUGCAGCAUGUUUUAUGUUCUGUGGUUAUGUAUCAAUAUGUUUUGAAAAGAGGGAUGGGUAAUGUUUGAAUGGGAAUCCAAGGUCUUCAUUUCAUAGUUUGGAAUUUUAUGAUAGUAACAUUUUAAAUAAAAACUACUCUGGGGCUUUUGCAACAUA